AUUUAUUCCGUCUGUACGCAUUGUUCUUGAUAUUGUGGAAAUGCCCGAACCAAUGUGCACCGGUCCAGAUCCUCAACCUGAAACAUUCGCCUUCCAAGCUGAGAUUGCUCAGCUUAUGAGCUUGAUCAUCAACACAUUCUACUCGAACAAGGAGAUAUUUCUUCGAGAGUUGAUUUCCAAUGCAAGUGAUGCUCUGGACAAGCUGAGAUACAAGAGUCUGACAGAUCCAUCAGUUCUCGACUCUGGAAAGGAGAUGUACAUCAAGUUGAUUCCGAAUAAGGAGGCUGGCACCCUGACAGUGCUGGAUACGGGUAUUGGUAUGACGAAGUCGGAUUUGAUCAACAAUCUGGGAACGAUUGCGUGUUCUGGUACGAAGGCGUUCAUGGAGGCGUUGCAGGCUGGUGCUGAUAUCUCUAUGAUCGGUCAGUUCGGUGUUGGUUUCUACUCUGCCUACCUAGUGGCUGACCGUGUUCAGGUGGUGACGAAGAGUAACGACGACGAGCAGUACAUGUGGGAGUCGUCAGCGGGUGGUUCGUUCACGAUCACACCGGACAGCAGUGAGCUGCCGAGUCGUGGUACGAAGGUGAUCCUGUACUUCAAGGAGGACCAGAUGGAGUUCCUUGAGGACAGGAAGAUCCGUGAGAUAAUCAAGAAGCACUCUCAGUUCAUCAACUACCCUAUCCAGUUGGUUGUGGAGAAGGAGAGGACGAAGGAGGUGUCUGACGAUGAGGCUGAGAAGGAGGAGACGAAAGAGACGGAGGGUGAGGGUGAUGAUGAGGAGAAGCCUAAGGUUGAGGAUCUAGAUGAAGACGAAGAGGAUGAGGAGAAGGAUAAGAAGAAGAAGAAGAAAAAGGUGACUGAGAAGUAUGUUGACGAGGAGUUGUUGAAUAAGAUGAAGCCGAUCUGGACUCGUAAUCCAGACGACAUAACGAAGGAGGAGUAUGGAGAGUUCUACAAGUCUUUGAGUAAUGACUGGGAGGAUCACCUUGCGGUGAAGCACUUCUCUGUUGAGGGCCAGCUGGAGUUCCGAGCGUUGUUGUUUGUGCCCAAGCGGGCUCCGUUUGACCUGUUUGAGAAUCGUAAGAAGAGGAACAACAUCAAGUUGUAUGUUCGUCGAGUGUUCAUCAUGGAUAACUGUGAAGACCUGAUCCCUGAGUACCUGAACUUUGUUCGAGGUGUUGUGGACAGUGAGGACUUGCCGUUGAACAUCAGUCGUGAGGUGUUGCAGCAGAAUAAGGUGUUGAAGGUGAUCCGUAAGAAUCUGGUGAAGAAGUGUAUCGAGUUGUUUGAGGAGAUAAUGGAGGAUAAGGAGGACUACAAGAAGUUCUAUGAGCAGUUCUCGAAGAACAUCAAGCUGGGUAUCCACGAGGAUGGUGUGAACAGGAAGAAGUUGGCCGACUUUCUGCGUUACUACUCCAGCUCUAGUGGUGAUGAGAUGACCAGCCUGAAAGACUAUGUGUCUCGUAUGAAGGAGAACCAGAAGGAUAUUUACUAUAUAACAGGUGAGACGAAGGAGGCGUUGGCCAACUCUGCGUUCACUGAGGUGCUUCGUAAGCGUGGCUAUGAGGUGUUGUACAUGCUUGAUCCUAUUGACGAGUAUGCAGUGACCCAACUGCGAGAGUACGACGGUAAGAAGUUGGUGUGUGUGACGAAGGAGGGUCUUCAGUUGCCUGAGGAUGAGGAAGAGAAGAAGAAGUUUGAGGAUCAGAAGGCGUCGUUCGAGCCGUUGUGCAAGGCUAUCCAGGAUAUCUUGGGUAAGCGGGUUGAGAAAGUGAGUGUGUCGAACCGUUUGACGACUUCACCGUGUUGCAUUGUAACAUCUGAGUUUGGUUGGUCGGCGAACAUGGAGAGGAUAAUGAAGGCACAGGCGCUGAGGGAUACGAGCACGAUGGGUUACAUGGCUGCGAAGAAGCACUUGGAGCUGAAUCCCAUGCAUCCGAUAAUCAUCGCACUGAGGGAUCUGUUCGACAGUGGUGAUUCUAUCAAGCUUGCGAAAGACCUUGUCCAUCUUCUGCAUAGCACGGCCCUGCUCACUUCUGGUUUCUCGCUUGAAGAUCCGAAGGUUUACGCGAACCGUAUCCACCAGUUGGUGAGUAUGUGUCUAGAUAUUCCUACGGAUGAUGAGUCGAAGGUUGCGGAUGCAGUGGCGGAGAACAGUAGUGCGACUACCCUACCAACUGAGACAGGUGAUGAUGCAGGUAUGGAGGAAGUGGAUUGAUGUGAUUGCAUUUUGUACAUACCCGAAUACUAAUACAUUUUGUUCGUUGCAUUACUUU